AUGUCCUAUGAGGCCCUGGUGAGAGCUAGACAAGAUGCUGAAGCGACAGAUGAUCCAACACAGUGGAGAUCCAUUGCUGACCUGCUGCCCUCAAGAUCUUAUGAAGAUCUCUCUGAUCAAGUUCCUGGCGAAAACGAAUGUGAAGAUCCAGAACUCCCAGACAUACCAGAUCCUUCCUCUGAGCUGAAACCAAAAUUCCGGUUCAACAGCAAGACCACACCUCAGCCUGAGAACAUGGAGACCCUUGAUGAAUUUCAUCAACGGCGUCCUGCUGCACAAUUCCAACAUGCACCUGAAGUGAAUGAAUACGAUGAUGAUGAAAUGUAUGAGCCAGAAUCGCCACUUGAUGCCGAACCACCUGAUCCUGCUCCUCUACAUGAACCACCUGCUGUUGCCAACGAACAGCCAGAGAAGAAGCAGAAGGUGGAAGAGUUCUCCUAUGUGGCGUCAGUCUCUGAAGAUGGUGUUCAUCGAGCUCCUGGUGAACACGAAAUGCUAUGGCUCUAUCAAGCAAUUGCUGAGGAAGACCACCAAUGGGACUGUUUCCAAACAGUGUUAGCUUCUGACAUGGAGGCCUUGACGAUGGAAUUCGAUUUGGACUUUCCCUCCAACAGAAGCGAAACUGUCCUCUUCAGAACUGGCCUCUUGCCGAUGUGCACUUGGCAACUGGCAGUGCGACAACGUCCCUCCGAGCUCAAGUUCUUCAAGCUGAAGACUGCAAAAAGCUGGAAAGAUGUUGUGGUGAUCACUCUUUCAGAUCAAGCACACAACAAUCGUCCUGGUGGUGACUCCACUGGCGGUCUUGUGACCAUGAUGGCUGGACCAGAAGCCAAAGGUGGUCAUGUUUGUCCAAUGGUGCUUUUGUCUUGGAAAAGCUGUAAGCUGAAACGAAAAGCAAUCAGCUCCAAUGACGCUGAAGUUCAAGCAGCCCUAGAAGAACAGCAAGUUCGCAACACCUCUUGCAUUUUGGGUACCGACUCAAUCGACUCACGUGGUGGCUAUGAUGCAGUGCUUGUCAACGAAAGCCCUAUGCUUGGUUUGAGCAAUGUGCGGGCGGCUCUUCAAGCUCUCCAACUGCGAGAAAGUCUGAUUCGCACCAAUUGCCAUUUGAGAUGGCUAGCAAGCGAUUAUGACGUGGGCGAUGCUUUGACGAAGAAGAGACCAUGCUGUCGGAUUGGGCUCCAAAAGUCCCUGAAGACCCGGCUUUGGUGCGUGGCCUUUGAUCCCACUUUCACUGCAGCUCGAAAGAAUGCCCAACGUGGGAAGUCAGCAAUCAGUGCCAUUGACUCCAAGCGGUCACAAUGUGAUCUUUGCUUUUGGAGUGAUGCAACUGAUUCACAUCCAGCUCUCCUGUCAGAUUGUGACGCCAGGUUUCAUGGCUCCAGGAAUGGGUUCCUUGUUUUCAUGCGGCCUGACCCGGCCAUGGCGAACUGA